UGCGGUGACGCGCCUCUCUCCAAAACGGCCAUUGCUGUGAUGAUAUUUGUGGAUAAAACCAAGCCAUUCUAGGCGCAAGUACUGGAUGUGUUCUUUCGCGCUCAUUCCAGUGACGUAAGAUGUUAUGUGCUUUUGUACCGAGAGAAGCGAGAGCAAUAUUCGUCUGCGCGUCACCGCCAAUUGCGCGUGCCCGGACAAAUCUUCCAAACCUGCCCGAAAGGGACACACAGGGAUCUUAUUGUUAGAGGAGCAGCAGAGUGGGGUCCAGCACGUGAAUGAUCUACCUCAGAGAGAUGAAAUGUUGAUCUAACAUUACAAAAUCUGAAACCCAGAAAACAAAAAAAGAUGGAUGUGCAUUGAAAAAAACCUGGAUCUAUAAUGACCCUGAAAAAUGGAGAAGCACGUUUGUCAAGCAACAGAUAAUUUCUGAGGAGAUGGAGAAACUCAGAUUUUCCUGAUACACAUCUGUCAAUUGCAAGACACUGUACAUACUACCUGCCUUGCUCUGGAGUGAACUACCAAAAAUGGAUCUCUUUUUGGUUCUAAUGUCUACACUGACUACAUGCAUGGCAAUAAAUAUGGAAGAUACUGGAAGCCAUAGCAUGUUCACCUGUGAACCUAUCACAUUAAGGAUGUGUCAGGGCCUCUCCUACAAUACCACCUUCAUGCCCAAUCUUCUAAAUCACUAUGAUCAGCAGACCGCUGCUCUCACAAUGGAGCCCUUUCAUCCUAUGGUGAACCUGGAGUGCUCCACUGAAAUACGGCCAUUCCUCUGUGCCCUUUAUGCACCCGUGUGCACAGAGUACGGCCGAGUGACCCUGCCAUGUCGGCGCCUGUGCCAGCGUGCCAAGAGCGAUUGCUACAGACUCAUGGAAAUGUUUGGGGUCAGCUGGCCAGAGGAGAUGGAGUGUAGUAGGUUUCCAGAAUGUGAUGAGUCUUACCCCCGAACGAUAGACUUACUCCCCAACACUGUCAGCACAGAGGAAUCGCCUUCAUCUGUUCAACGGGACUAUGGUUUCUGGUGCCCACGAGAGCUGAAGAUCGACCCUGAGUUGGGCUACUCAUUCAUGGGCGUGCGCGACUGCUCGCCUCCUUGCACAAAUAUGUACUUCCGCAAAGACGAGCUCAUCUUCGCCCGCUAUUUUAUUGGCGUUACCUCCAUUGUCUGCCUGUCAGCCACACUCUUCACCUUUUUGACCUUCCUCAUCGAUGUCAGGCGUUUCCGUUACCCAGAGCGGCCCAUCAUCUUCUAUGCUGUCUGCUACAUGAUGGUGUCCGUGGUGUUCUUCCUGGGCUUCCUACUGCAGGAUCGUGUGUCAUGCAAUUCUGCAAGCCCAGGUCGAUUCCGUGCCUCCACCAUCACUCAGGGCUCUCACAACAAAGCCUGCACACUCCUCUUCAUGACACUCUACUUCUUCACCAUGGCGGGCAGCGUUUGGUGGGUCAUCCUCACCAUCACCUGGUUCCUAGCUGCUGUUCCCAAAUGGGGCAGUGAGGCUAUUGAGAAGAAGGCUUUGCUCUUUCAUGCAGUGGCCUGGGGAGUUCCAGGGGCCCUCACCAUCACACUCAUGGCAAUGAACAAAAUCGAGGGUGACAGCAUGAGCGGUGUUUGCUUUGUGGGGCUCUAUGACCUAAUGGCUUUACGGUGGUUCCUAUUGGUGCCUCUUGCACUGGAUGUGGUUGUGGGUGUGGUGCUGUUGUUAGCAGGCAUCGUGGCACUGAAUAGGGUGCGAAUGGAGAUUCCGUUAGAGAAAGAGAACCAGGACAAAUUGGUGAAGUUCAUGAUCCGGAUUGGUGUGUUCUCUGUGCUGUAUCUGGUGCCUCUGCUGACAGUUAUUGGCUGUUAUCUAUACGAGCAGAGCAACAGAUCUGUGUGGGAGAAUACAUGGGUACAGGAGCGCUGCAGAGAGUACCAUGUCCCCUGCCCGCUUAAGGUGGAGCAGACAAGCAGGCCUGAUAUCGCCUUGUUCCUCAUCAAGUACCUGAUGAUGCUGGUGGUGGGCAUCCCAUCAGUGUUUUGGGUUGGCAGUAAAAAGACGUGCUUUGAGUGGGCCAGUUUCUUCAGUGGGCAUCGCAGAAAAGAUACAGUGCACGAGAGCAGGCAGGUGCUGCAGGAGCCCGACUUCACCCAGCUGCUCCUCAGAGACCCCAAUACCCCAGUGGUGAGGAAGUCCAGAGGUACCUCAACGCAGGGCACCUCCACCCAUGCCUCCUCCACACAUCUUGCCAUGCUGGACGAGCCCCCCAGCGCAAGCACCAGCCGUGCCGGCAGCACUUGCAGCAAGGCCAGCAGCUACCAUGGCAGCCUGCAUCGCUCCCGAGAAGGCAGGUACACAGCCUGCAGUUUCCGCGGCAUCGAGGAACGUCUCCCUCACGAUCAGCUUCAGCACUGCAACGUCAAAAGUCUUGACAGCCAUUCGCGACACAGCAGUCUGCAGCGCCUGGAGAGCCAAUCGCGGCACAGCAGCGUGCGUGACCUCAGCAUCACAGCCCAAGCCAUCCAGUGCGGUCCUGGCAACGGCAUUCACUGUGUCAUAGAGGAGGACGCAACUAAGGCGUGAACUUUAAUGUGCCA